AUCUGCCACACUGCCUCUAUAUAUAUACCGGCCGUCUCCCGUGCGCGCGUCCUCCUUGCUGCUCACUGUCGAUCGAUAGCUAGCGCUAGCUGCUCGGCGUGUUAGGCAUGGCCUCCGAGGGUGGUGAUGCCGACGUCGGCUUGUGCGGCGACUUCAUGGAGCUGCGGCCGGACAAGGGUGGGGUUCGCGACCUCGUCCACCUCCUGUGGUCGCCCAACGUCGCCGAGAACGGCGCCGUGGAGUGCCCCGCCGGCACGGAGAUCGGGUCGGCGCGGCGGCGGUGGGCCGUGUUCGUGUCGCUGGUGGCGCAGAUGCUGCUGCUGCGGGCCAAGCGGCCGGUGGCGCUGCUGGGGCGGGCGGCCGAGUACUGGAUGAACCUCCUCAACGAGAACGGCGGCGGCGUUCUCCCUCUCCUCGCCAACGCCCUGCAUGGGAAGGUGAAAAUGCCAGACAGAGCAUCCCUGAACUACCGCUCCUGCAUCGGGCUACUCGACACGAGGAUCGAGCUGGACAAGAUGAUCAAACCAGGGGACAGCAACUACCACGCCGCCCUGUCGAUCAUGGCCGCGAAGCUGGCCUACGAGAACGAGCCCGUCAUCAGCAGCGUCGUGCAGAACCACUGGCACAUGGAGUUCCUGGGCUUCUACAACUGCUGGAACGACUACGAAGGGGACUACACGACGCAGGCGUUCAUGCUGGCGGACGCGCCGGCGCCGGACGCGACGCUGGCGGUGGUGGCCUUCUGCGGCACCAAGCCGUUCGACACGGAGCAGUGGUGCACGGACGUGGACUUCUCCUGGUACGAGCUCCCGGGCGCCGGCGCCGGCUGCCGCGUCCACGGCGGCUUCAUGAAGGCGCUGGGACUGCAGCGGCGCGGCGGCUGGCCGAGGGACGUCGCCGACCCCACGGGCGCCGGCGACGGCAGGCCGUUCGCGUACUACGCCAUCCGCGAGAGGCUCAGGGCGUUCCUGGGCGGCAACCCGGGCGCCCGGUUCGCGGUGGCCGGGCACAGCCUGGGCGGCGCGCUGGCCGUGCUGUUCCCGACGGUGCUGGCGCUGCACGGGGAGGAGGCCGUGCUGGGGAGGCUGCAGGGCGUGUACACGUUCGGGCAGCCCCGCGUGGGCGACCAGCGGCUCGGGGCGUUCAUGGCGCCCUACCUGGAGAACCCCAGCCGCUACUUCAGGUUCGUCUACUGCAACGACAUCGUGCCCCGGGUGCCCUACGACGACUCCACGCUCCUCUUCAAGCACUUCGGGACAUGCCUCUACUUCGACAGCUUCUACAGAGGACAGGGUGGGGUGCUGCGGAAUCCAAUCAACCACGCCCACCUCAUCACCUACGUAAGAUUUCGUAGAAAAUCUACGACUAAACUUCCAAGGUUACGGCGGAGGAGCCCAACAAGAACUACUUCUCGGUGCUGGCGGUGGCGCCCAAGCUGGUGAACGCGUGGUGGGAGCUCGCCCGGAGCUUCCUCAUCGGCUACGCGGAGGGACCCGAGUACGCCGAGGGGUGGCUGAUGCGGCUGGCCAGGGUCGCCGCGCUGGUGAUGCCGGGGCUGCCGCCGCACGCGCCGCAGGACUACGUCAACGCCACCAGGCUCGGGGCGGCGUCCCUCGGCCCGCUGGAGGUGGCCGAGCAGCCAGUUUAACUUUAUUUAGUGCAUAUACUAGAAGUUCAGAAUCAGAUUAAACAUAUGUAAGUAGUCUGCAUUGUUAAUGUUCCGGUGUUCAAUGUCUGAGCAAAUGAUCAUGUGGAUAUAUAUGUAACUAAUAGUUCGUCUUACAA